CAACUUCCGCUGGUUGCAAGAAAACAAGGAUGAGGGUGUCGGCGGAAGUGGGCUGUAAAGCGGAAGUGACGUCUCGCGCGCGACCGGAAGUUCCGCAGGGGGCAAGAUGGCGGCUCGCCGAGCGCUGCGGAUCGCUGAGCGUCGCGCUCUCUCAGCCCGUCCAAUCCCGUCGCCCCCUCAACGCAUCGGCCAAUGGCGCAUCAGCAAGGGAUUGGCUGCCGGCUCUUCAGGCUACGGGCCUCUCCGCGACCGUCCUGAUUGGUCCUUUGUGGAUGGCCGCCCGGCUCCACUGUGGGCGGGACAAGUGCGACGUGUGAAGGAGAAUCAGGAGCUGGCGCUCCGCGCCGUGUCCCUCAUCCAAUCACUGGACGCCGUCAGACCAAAGGGGCGGAGCUUCCCCUUUAAGCCCCUCCCCCAGCUCCGCCUUAAAGGGCCGGUCCCCAAAUCUCCCUUUUCCCCCCCAAAACAAUAAAGGACAAAACCAAGAUGGCGUCGCGUCGUCGGCCAUCUUGAACGGCCUCCAUUCAUUCA